CCCCCCUCCUGCUGUGUGCGGCGCCCCCUUUAGGCCUGUCAGAGAAGAGCGUAGAGAAGAUUGUAGCUAAGCAGGCAGCGCUAGGCUGGUCGGCUGCUCUCUGUCCAAUAACUCACUGCUUUGGACCAGAGCUGGAGAUGGCACUGAACACGGAGCAGGAGGAGAAGAGGCUGCUGAAGGAGCAGAUCCACCACCUGGAGGCGUCCAAACAGGCUGAAAUCACCAAGCUGCAGGAAGAGAUAACAAAGCUUUCUGAGAAGUUAAAGAAGAAGCAGGAGAG